CCCAGAAAAUAAUCCAGAAUUAUUAGCGACGAAAAACUCCCUCUUUAUAAAAAAAGGCGACGCAAAGAGUCCGUCAAUUACAUAACAAAAUUAUUAUCAAAGACUUGUUCGGAUAUCCAAGUUCAAUUAAACAAAUAAUAUAAGAAAAGGGAGACCCUUUUGUUUAGAGUCAAAUGUAUCAUUAUUCCAACAUUCAGCCAUCUUCAUCUUCUUCUCUUUAUUCUUCUUCUACCAUGUCACAUAUUUCUGGUAUUCAAGGCCAGCUUCUUGAAGUUACUGUUGUUGGGUGCAACAAAUUGAAAGAUACAGAAUGGAUUUCAAGGCAAGAUCCUUAUGUUAUUGUUGAAUAUGGUAGCAAUAAAUCCCGUACGAGAACAUGUACAGAUGGUGGUAAAAAUCCUACAUUCCAAGAGAAGUUUGUAUUUACUUUAAUCGAAGGGCUAAGAGAGCUAAACCUUGUGGUUUGGAACAGCAAUACUUUAACAUAUGAUGAUUUCAUUGGCAGUGGAAAGGUUCAAUUGCAGAAGGUUCUAUCAGAGGGCUAUGAUGAUAGCACCUGGACACUUCAAACUAAAACUGGCAGAUAUGCUGGUGAAGUGAGGCUCAUUUUGCAUUAUGCAAAUGCUAGUAAACCAGCAGGUAGCUUUGCUCCUUCUGCUCCACCAUAUGCUGCACCUGCUCCCUCAUAUGCUGCACCUGCUCCUCAUGUCUCAAUGUACUCCACGCCACCUCCAGCCUCUACAGGUCAUUACCCACAACUAGCUACCGCCUAUGCUCCUCCAUCUCCUUAUCCUUCCUACCCACCUAAUCCAGCAUAUCCACCAUCUGCAUACCCUUCAUCAACUGCUUAUCCUCCUCACCCAUAUCCAGCACCUUCUGCUUAUCCUCCACCACCAUAUCCACCACCUCCAAAUGCUUCGCCCUAUUAUCCUCCAGGUCCCUUCCCUGGAGUCUAUCCUCCACCACCAUACUAAGAAGCAACUCCGCCAUGUCCAAGUUAAGAAACAAUAUGUGGAUCUAAUACCAUGUGUAGAGCAAUAGGAUCUGGUCAUGGUAGUAAUGUCCAAACAAUAAGCUUGGGGGAGCAAUAGUAAGGUUGCUCUGUUGUGAUCCGCACAGGUCAUGUAUUCAGUCCACAGAAACAACUUGCAACACAAAGGGACGGCCACCCUCUUCCAAACCUGCUGCGUGAUACGCCAAUUGGGACGUCCAUGUUCUUAACAACUCUCGAGGAUUUGUCUUUUCCAUGACAAUUGUCUAUAAAUGUUGAUACAUGUCAUUUUGCAAGAUAGAAUUAGUGCCCAUUUUGUUUUUUCCUUAGAAAUUCUCAUCAUGCCAAUAAAUUAAUCUUUCAUUCGUGUUAA